AAGCGCAGCUCAAGUGCUGAGUCAGCUGACAGCUUGACGCGCUUCCUCCGAAACCCUUUACCCCCAAAAAACAAAAAAAAACAAACCCCAGCAUUUGCAUUUCCUCCGCAACUCCCUCUGCCCCUCAUAUUUUAGAACUCCGUCUGCCGGACCUAAUGCGGGUGUCAUCGAGCUGUCGGAAGGGUCUCAGAUCGGUCACGAGAUCGAUCUCCUAAAGAAAUCUAAAAAAAAAUGGCGUCGAAUCUGAGCUUCUUUGCGCUUCUCUUCUUCCUUCUGACGGGCUUGGCGGCUUCGUCCACUUUCAUUUCUGAUGAGGUGUUUGAAUCUCAUGGAUCUACUGGCCGGGCCCUCCUACAAGCUAAGAAAAGUUGCCCUAUAAGCUUUGAGUUUCUGAACUACACAAUCAUCACAAGCAAGUGCAAGGGACCCCAAUACGCGGCUAAGCUAUGUUGUGGAGCCUUCAAGGAGUUUUCUUGCCCAUAUGCAGAGCAGUUGAAUGACUUGACAAAUGAUUGUGCUUCUACCAUGUUUAGCUACAUAAAUCUCUAUGGAAAAUACCCGCCUGGCCUGUUUGCCAAUGAGUGCCGUGAGGGGAAGCAGGGUCUCGAGUGCCCUGCAUAUGCACCCGCUGCAGAUUCAUCCAAAAUGGCUAACAAAAGCAAAGGGCACCUGCUCUCGGCUUAUUCCUCUUUGCUGUUGCUCUCAGCUGGCUUCUUAUUGUUGUUCUUCCAGUUGUUUUGAAGGUUGACUCAUAAAUUUAUUCCAGUUCUAUUGUUUUAUUUAUAUUUAUUUCUGCAACAGCUUGGAAAUGUAAUGUUUUUCCCUGGCGAGUUUUCACGCCUUGCUGCUCUUGUUAAAUAUGUGUGCCAAAGUUGAUAUUCUUUAGUUAAGACUGCUACAGAAAAGACAGAAAAGUCACAAUUUAAUUGUAUUAUUUAUUUAUAUAUGCAUUGCUAUAUUCGGCAGCACCUCAUGGAUGGACGAGACUCGAAUAAAUAUUUGGAUGGUUGCUAGUUUUGCUCUGGAUGCGUGGAAAUGCUCUAUUAUAUGAAGGUCUUGCUGAAUCUGAGAAGAUGAGGCCCUGUUUGGUUUAGAAUUGAAAAUAUGUAUACUUUGAUUCAAACAAGAGAUUGUAUUGUAUGUUAUUUAUAUUUGAAUACGUAUUUGGGCCUUGCAAGA